GAACUAACAGCUGAGGACCCCUCCCUCUGAAAAAACAACUUGAAUUUCAGUCAUCCCAACGUUGCGAUUGUAGCAAUUGGACACCCCUAUAGGCAAAGAGGUUCGAUACAGUCGGAUAUUGUCCACAUCAAGUCUUGCUUGAUAGUAUACUGUAGGAUUCAGCCCACAAAAUUUCUUCAGCAUGGCUACUAGGAAUGGUCUCUGGCAAAGCCACACCGUGCGCUCGGUCGAGCCGGAGGUUGACUUCAGCUCCCCUGGGCUUGCUGUGAUGGACCUGGAGCGUAUCUUCCAAGGCGGAAAGAUGAUCAACAGCCACGCCGAUGAGGUGUGGCCAAGACUUUACAUAGGGGACUAUGACAGCGCAGAAAAUCGUAAAGAGCUGACCCUACGCGGAUUCACUCACAUUGUGAACUGUGCACACACGGCCAGGCGCGGUGGGCCCGACUACUACCAAGGCAUGAACAUCACAUACCUGGGCAUCGAAGGCCGGGACUGUGUCGACUACAACAUGAGCACACACUUCAACACCGCUGCAGACUUCAUAAACAGUGCACUCCACAGGGGAGGUAAAGUGCUGGUCCACUGCCACGUGGGUGUGAGUCGUUCGGCUACGGUGGUGCUGGCGUACCUGAUGCUGAAACACCACAUGACCCUGGUGGAGGCCAUCCGCACUGUGAAGGAGGGCCGUGGGGUCUUCCCAAACAGAGGAUUCCUUAGGCAGCUCAUUGACCUGCACAUCAGACUCCACGGCAGAUAGCCACUUAUCCACUCAUUGACUUUUUUUAUAUUAAACAUGUGUCUCUGUA